ACUGACGCCCCCUCUUCCCCCCACAGGCCUGCCCCUCGCCAUGGCCCUGCCCCGCACCCUGGGCGAGCUGCAGCUGUACCGUGUGCUGCAACGGGCCAACCUGCUCUCCUACUACGAGACCUUCAUCCAGCAGGGCGGGGACGACGUGCAGCAGCUGUGCGAGGCGGGCGAGGAGGAGUUCCUGGAGAUCAUGGCGCUGGUCGGCAUGGCCACCAAGCCCCUGCACGUCCGGCGCCUCCAAAAGGCCUUGCGGGAGUGGGCAGCCAACCCCGGCCUCUUCAGCCAGCCCAUGGCCUCCCUGCCCGUCAGCAGCAUACCCCUCUUCAAGAUCUCCGAGACCGGCGGGCGCAAGUCGCUCAGCAACGGGCACGCCAGCCCCGGCGAGGCCCCGGGCAAGGGGGGCAGCGGGCUGGCCACGCCGCCCGCCCGCAGCCCUUCGGAGCCAGGGGAGAAGCUCUCCCCCCUGCCGGCCCCCCAGUGGCCGGGGCGGAGCACCCCGGAGUCGGAGGGGGGCGGCGCGGAGGAGGACGGGGGGCCGCCCCCCUUCUCGCCGGGAGUGGGCGGGGAGCCGGCCCCGGAGCAGCUGGACCCGGAGCUGGCGCGGACGGUGGCGGAGAGCGUUGAGCGGCUCCUGCAGAGCUGCCCGCGGGGGGGCGAACCGGAGCUGCGCGCCCUCAUGAAACUCAACAAGAAGCUGGCCAAGGCGGUCGGGCACAUCUUCCAGCUGGACGACGGGGACCGGCGCAAGGAGGAGGAGAUCCGGCGGCACAGCGCCAUCUACGGGCGGGGCGAGACCCGGCGCCGCGACGGCAAGCCGCUCACGCUGCACGAGCUGACCAUCAACGAGGCAGCAGCGCAGUUCUGCCUGCGCGACCACACGCUGCUGCUGCGCCGGGUGGAGCUCUUCUCCCUGUCGCGCCAGGUGGCCCGGGAAAGCACCUACCUGUCCUCGCUCAAGGGAGCCAGGUCGCAUCCGGACGAGAGCGGAGCCGUGCAGCCCAAGAAGCUGAAGCAGGAGGUGGGUGAGCAGAGCCGCCCCGAGCCCCUGCAGCUGCCGGGGGGGUCGGAGUCCUACGCCCCCCCGUACAGAGCCAGCCUGGAGGAGGACGCGGCCAGCCUGUCUGGAGAGAGCCUGGACGGGCACCUGCAGGCUGUCGGCUCCUGCCCCCGCCUCACGCCGCCCCCCAGCGCCGCCCCCGACCUGCCCCUCAGCCUCCCCGCCCACGGGCUCUGGAGCCGCCACAUCCUGCAGCAGACGCUGAUGGACGAGGGGCUGCGCCUGGCCAGGCUGGUGUCCCACGAGCGCGUUGGGCACCUCAGCCCCUGCCUGCGGGGCAAGUCCCCAGGCCCAGAGUUCGAGGACGGGCUGGCAGAGGGGGGCCCCCCGGUCCCGACUGAGUCCCGCCGCAGCAGCGUCAAGGUGGAGCAGGAGACCAGCCGGCAGUGAGCCGCAGAUGCCCCCUUGGUUGGGGUGGGGGCCCACGGCAGCUCCCCCCCUCCACUAACCAAGCAAUAACCACAUGCCUGGGGCGGGUGGGCCCCCCCCAUGAUCUCUCCUGGUGCCGGAGCACACCCCCCCCCUCCCGUCUGCUCCCCAGAGAGCCGGGCCUGGGGGCCCGAUGCCCGUGGGAGGCUGGGCAGAGCUGCAGCAGAUAUCUGGCCAUGCCCAGGGCGAAGGGACGGGCCAGCGGGGAGGGCACCGCGUGGUUAAUGGAACCGGCUGGUCACGUUCCGACUGCCACGAGCCCCAGACAUCGCCCCCCUUCAGUCCCCCCGUCCAAAAUCCACCCCAGCCCCCUGCACUCAGCUGGGGUGAUGUGAAUUGUAACUCUUCAGUUCCAGGGGGUGUUAAGGGGGGGUGACAUUCAUCUGUGCCCCCCCCCCCCGAGAGGCAGGGAGAAGAAAGGAACUGGGGGGGACCCCAGGAAGAGGGAAGGGCUCUUGCAGGCAAAGCACAAGAAUGGGGGGCUGAAG